UAGGGCUCUCUGGAAGGAGGGAAACUCUAAAAACCCUCCCGCUACUCUCCCCCGGCCAGUUCCAGUCCGAGGAGCUUCUCUGAUCUUUCUCUCUCUUUGUUGCUACUUCGCAGUCGGAGAUCCAUUUCAUAGAUAUAUACGAUCUGCAACUCCUCAAUCCGAGAGUUAAGCUGAUAUCCACCCAGUCAUGGCGCUCGCUUUCGAUGAGUUUGGAAGGCCAUUUAUAAUCUUGAAGGAGCAGGAGCAGAAGACCAGGUUGAGGGGUCUCGAUGCCCAGAAGGCUAACAUUGCUUCUGGGAGAGCUGUUGCUCGUAUCCUCAGGACAUCGCUCGGUCCUAAGGGCAUGGACAAGAUGCUCCAGAGCCCUGAUGGCGACGUUACAAUAACAAAUGAUGGUGCAACAAUCUUGGAGCAGAUGGAUGUUGACAAUCAAAUUGCAAAAUUGAUGGUUGAGUUGUCUCGAAGUCAGGACUAUGAGAUUGGUGAUGGCACCACUGGGGUGGUUGUAAUGGCUGGUGCACUCUUAGAAGAGGCUGAGCGAUUGUUAGAACGUGGAAUUCAUCCCAUUCGAAUUGCAGAGGGUUAUGAGCUGGCCUCCAGGAUAGCUGUUGACCAUCUGGAGCAUAUUGCACAAAAGUUUGAGUUUGGAGAGGCAAACUUAGAGCCUUUGGUUCAAACUUGCAUGACCACUUUAUCAUCAAAGAUUGUGAAUCGUUGUAAGCGUAGUCUAGCAGAAAUUGCUGUUAAAGCAGUUGUUGCUGUGGCAGAUCUUGAAAGAAGGGACGUUAACUUAGACCUGAUAAAAGUUGAGGGGAAAGUCGGGGGGAAGUUAGAAGAUACUGAACUUGUAUAUGGUAUUAUUGUUGACAAGGACAUGAGUCACCCUCAGAUGCCAAAGCAAAUUGAAGAUGCUAAGAUUGCCAUAUUGACUUGCCCGUUUGAACCCCCUAAGCCCAAGACUAAGCAUAAGGUUGAUAUUGAUACAGUGGAGAAGUUCCAGACGUUGAGACUACAGGAACAGAAAUACUUCGAUGACAUGGUGCAAAAAUGCAAGGAUGUUGGCGCUACAUUGGUCAUUUGUCAAUGGGGAUUUGAUGAUGAGGCAAAUCAUCUGCUGAUGCACCGAAAUUUGCCAGCUGUGAGAUGGGUUGGUGGUGUGGAGCUAGAGUUGAUAGCGAUAGCCACAGGUGGGAGAAUAGUCCCUAGGUUCCAAGAAUUAACAUCAGAAAAACUUGGGAAGGCUGGCUUGGUUCGAGAAAAAUCAUUUGGUACAACAAAAGAUCGGAUGCUAUACAUUGAACAUUGUGCAAAUUCAAGGGCUGUGACCAUUUUUAUUCGUGGAGGUAACAAAAUGAUGAUAGAGGAGACAAAACGCAGUAUCCACGAUGCUUUGUGUGUUGCUAGGAAUCUCAUCCGCAAUAACUCUAUAGUAUAUGGUGGUGCCUCAGCUGAGAUUUCUUGUUCAGUUGCUGUUGAGACAGCUGCUGAUAAAUACCCUGGAGUUGAGCAGUAUGCUAUCAGGGCAUUUGCCGAUGCUCUGGAUGCUGUCCCAAUGGCACUUGCGGAGAACAGUGGCUUACAACCCAUUGAAACACUUUCUGCUGUAAAAUCUCAGCAAAUUAAGGAGAACAAUCCAUAUUGUGGAAUAGACUGCAAUGAUAUUGGCACAAAUGACAUGCGGGAGCAAAAUGUAUUCGAGACUUUGAUUGGUAAGCAACAACAGAUUUUAUUGGCAACUCAGGUCGUGAAAAUGAUUCUGAAGAUUGAUGAUGUCAUUUCUCCGGCGGAUUAUUAGUGCAAUUGUGCUUUUUGCUGCCUCACUCAUGGCCAUGGCUUUCUAAUGGCAUGGCUCAGUCGUCAGUGACGUGAUAGACUCUUGUUUACGGUUAGCAACAGUAGGGAUGUACCUUAAAAUUUUGCUGGCAUUAUUUAAAAUUUCUGAGUGUGGUUUUCUUUGGGAUGAUAGAUUAUUGUUUAUGUGUGAAUGUAAGGGAUGAGCUCAAUAUUAGCCUUCUCCAGGUUUGUCUGGUCUAUACUUGAGCAAUGUGACAUCAUUCAUCAACCUGUUUUGGUGCAUCUUCAUUUUUCUCGGAUUCUGAUAUAUUAUCAUCAAUGGAUGGAGGAAUGUUUUGUACUAUGAA